AUGGAAAGCUUACGUAAUGCAUUAUCUGCCCAGAACGCGUAUCGGCCAGCGACGAGUAGCUCCUCCGCCUUCCAGGCGUCCCUGUACGUUCCGCCGUCUCUGCCUGCGUCCCCGUUCCCGAGCCCGCGCGCGGCCGGCUCCGGACCAAUCGCGCCCGUGGCGCCCAAGGCGAGGCCCCUCACCGCCGCUGUUCGUGGCGGCGAGGCAUCGGCCGAAGAUGUGGGAGGCAACAAACCAGCAGGCGGCGUGGAUCCGCCGAGGCCUUUGAUCUCUUCAGGAGAGGCCCCGGCGUAUAGAGAAACAAAGCAACAGGCGUCACUCCUUUUCGGCGAAGGCCAAUCGCCAGCAUUCGAAGGACACGAUCGCAUUCUGGAGGUUCUAUCCAAGCGGCUCGAACAGCACGAGCGCUUGAUAAACACGCAAAUGCGCCGCAUUCAGGAGCUCGAGGGACAGCUCCUUUCUUGGAAGCAAGCACGUUUGGAUACAUGUGAGGAGUCGGACCUCAUGUCUCCGUCUUCCCCUGGUGCGUCGGCUGUGACCUGUCUGGAAUCGUCUUCGUCUCGCUCGUCCCCUGGCUGUCCUCCCUGCCACUCUCCACUGUCGGCGCCUUCUCCGUCGCCUUCGCUCUCCUCCGUUUCUGCUCUUGCUUCUGCGAGGCCUGAUUCUCGUGCGCCAGGUGCUUCGUCUUCACUCGGGCGGCCCACAACUGCUCAGGCGCAAGAGAAAAGGGAGACUGUCCUCCGCGAGCGCUCGCUCCCCUCGACUCCCGUGUGGCGGUUUUUAGCUUUUUCCUCUGUCCUUCUUCAACUGGUGUCUGUCGCCUCUGUUCCGGCGGUGCGGACCUUUUUCCAGCGGCUUCGGCUUUGGUUUUCUCGAAAAGCGAGCGAAGGGCGAGCGGCCGGCGACGCCUCACAGACUGUGAGCCCUACACAGGCGACGCCUAUCACCUCUGCUGGAGACUGCGGCGACGCAAAUGUCGCCGUGGCGGUGGCAAGCGAAGGUCAACAAAAGAGAUGCUGCGAAAGACACUUGGGGGGAGACAGCCCCAGAGACAGCGAGUGCCGGACAAUCGAACACGACGCAGCGGUCCGUAGGUCGCCCCAACACGCGCCUUUCUCUUCCGGAGGACAGGGAGCGAGACCGGACGGAAGAUGGGGCUCGGGGCAACGAGGCCGGUCACGUCUUGACCAGGAGACGAGCCAAGCCCCGGUAGGAACCACGCGUGGCCGCGGACCCUCUUCCGCCUCUCAAACAGCGAGACACGGAAGCCAAGAGCAACUCCCCGUGAGCGUCAGUGGAGUCGGCGUCAUUGACCAGAUUCUGAACGAUGAGCGGGUGGCGACGCUUCUCUCAGACCGAAUGUGCCGCAUGCGAGGUGCGGCUCUGAAACUCAUGCAGAUGGUCAGCAUGAUUGAGGGUUCCCUGCCUCCCGUUCUGACGGAAGCGCUGAAGAAAACGAGGGACAGCGCAGAUAUUAUGCCUGAGAAACAACUGCUCCAGACGCUCCGGGAAGAGCUAGGCGCCAAUUGGCAAGAUCAUUUUGCUGCCUUUUCGCUCCGUCCCUUCGCUGCGGCGUCUAUCGGACAGGUCCACCGCGCCACACUCCGUGACGGCCAAGAAGUGGCUGUCAAAGUUCAGUUUCCAGGUGUCGCCUCGUCAAUCGCGUCGGACUUGAGGAACCUGAAAGCUUUGGUGCAGUGGACGCGUUUGCUUCCUCGCUCGCUCUUCCUCGACGUUCUCUGCGACGAGAUGAGAGCGGAGCUGCUUGCGGAGUGCGACUACGGCAACGAGUUGGCCUUCUACAGACACUUCCGAGAGCUCCUUCACCGCGACUUUGCGCAUGCGUUCUACGUCCCUCGGGUCUUUCCUGACUGCUCCACCAAGAGGAUCCUCGUGACAGAGUUCAUCCGGGGGCUUUCUCUGGAGCAAGUUGGCCAGCAAAUGCCCCAGCACGUGCGAGACAGCAUUUCCGAGAGGCUUGUUCGCCUGGUUCUCGCAGAGAUCUUCCUCUACCGCCUCAUGAACACCGACCCGAAUCCGUCGAACUUCUUCUACCUCCCGGACUCCGACUCUGUCGCGCUCAUCGACUUUGGCGCCGGACGCACGUACGACCCUCAGUUUAUCGACAAAUACCUGCAACUCCUGCAUGCGGCGGUUGAGGAGAGAGCAGAAGUCGUGAGGCGCCUGGCUGGGGAGCUCGGCUUCUUCGGCCGCAGCUCGACCGCGGAAUUCCUGCAUGCGCAAGGCAACGUGUUUCUCGCCUUUGCACUCUGUUUCCGGCCCCCAAAGGUUUUCGCGGAGACGGUCACGGCUUACAGAGCCCCUGACGGAGGCCCGUUCCGCCCCGCCGCGUCUCUCGACACCGAGAAGGCCUGA